AGUGUCACGUUGUGCCGAGGUAUUCGAGGUGCUGCGCGCUGUGAACUCAGUUACUGUGAGAACAUGCACAGGGUGAGGGUAGUACUGGGUCACCUACCGGCGGCCACCCACCGCGGACUGAGAGCAGAGAGCACCGCCGCCCCCGGGGACACCGCGCACGAUGUAGUGUUAGUACAUGGCAGGAGGACCCCCAUCUGUAAAGCGAAGAGAGGGGGAUUCAAGGAAACUACACCCGAUGAGCUCCUUUCCACCGUAAUGACAGCCGUCUUACAGGACUUAAACCUGAGUCCAGAUAUAAUUGGAGAUAUUUGUGUUGGAAACGUUUUACAGCCUGGGGCAGGAGCCUUGGUUGCCAGAGUCGCACAGUUUCUAAGUGGAAUUCCAGAGACUGUUCCAAACCACACUAUUAACAGGCAAUGCUCCUCGGGGCUGCAGGCGAUCAUUGACAUAGCAGGUGGCAUCAGGAAUGGGUCCUUUGACAUUGGUUUGGCAUGUGGGGUGGAAUCCAUGAGCCUCAGAAGUGUUGGGGAUCCUGGAGAUCUCAGUCCUCGUACUAUGGAUGUACAGAAAGCCAGCGAUUGUACCAUCCCCAUGGGGAUUACUUCAGAGAAUGUGGCUGAAAGAUUUGGUGUUACCCGGCAGAAACAAGACACGUUUUCCCUAAGAUCACAACAAAAAGCUGCGGCCGCCCAGCAAGCUGGUCGAUUUAGAAAUGAAAUUGUUCCUGUAAACACCAAGUUUACGGAUGACCAGGGAAACACAAAAACUAUAACUGUGUCCAGUGACGAAGGCAUCAGGGCAAAUACCACCCUAGAGGGUCUCAACAAGCUACGGCCGGCUUUCAAGGAGAAUGGCAGUACCACAGCUGGCAAUUCCAGUCAAGUCAGUGAUGGAGCCGCAGCUGUUCUCCUGGCUAAACGAUCCACGGCUGUGCAGCUAGGUCUUCCCAUCAUGGGUGUGUUAAGAUCAUAUGCUGUUGUUGGUGUCCCUCCAGAUGUUAUGGGUAUCGGACCUGCAUACGCCAUACCUGUGGCUUUGGAGAAAGCAGGUCUUACCAUACACGAUAUCGAUGUAUAUGAAAUCAAUGAAGCAUUUGCCAGUCAGGCUGUUUAUUGUGUGGAGAAGUUGGGAAUCCCCGUGGAGAAGGUGAAUCCUAACGGUGGGGCCAUCGCACUCGGACAUCCUCUUGGUUGUACCGGAGCUCGCCAAACAAUAACUCUGCUAAAUGAGCUGAAACGCAGGGGGAAAAGAGCAUUUGGAGUUGUAUCAAUGUGUAUUGGAACAGGAAUGGGAGCCGCUGCUGUGUUUGAAUACCCAGGAAAUUAAACCCCCAAACUAAUCUAGAAAUCAGUGGACCGAAAGAAGAUUGGAGCACUUACCAGACUAUGAAACUAGAAUGAGGAAAUUAUUGUCUGUCUUACCUAAUGAGUCAAGGUUAACAAAUUUCACUAGAAACGAGGAGCCAGGGCCAAACAUAACGAGUCAUAACUUCACACAAUUACUUAGCCGCUCAUAUACGCACAUAACUAGCCACACAUUCACACCUAAUCAGCUACUCAUACACAUGCAUACACUGACACAGCUGAUUUACCUGAUCUCCUCCAAACUGCGAGCAGCAAGUGAAAGAGAAUAGAGACUAACACACUGCCCCUAGUGUCCUGCACUUAGAAAGCUACUGGGAGCUGUUGGUGUUCACUGGGUUCUAAAUCCUGAUUUAAUUAUAGUAGGUUAAUGUUAAUUUACCAUUAGAACGGUUUAACAUUUGCUAAUCAUGGACUCUUACAGUGUAAAGUUUAAUUAAAAUGAACAGGCUCCCUAGGCUUUAAAUGUUUUAUAUGCAUCCGUCCAGGGUGGUCUUUGGAGUGCCUUUCAUAUAAACAUCAUUUA